AUGCGUACAUCGGUGGCCGGAUCUGCCGGGUCCGGUAAAAUACUGCUGGUCGCCGAACACGAACAUGAGCAGCUCAGCUGGAUCGACUACCAGGUAUUCUACCACAACGCACACUCCAAGCCACUCGCCAUCCUCACCAUCACCCUCUGGCUCGCUUUCCUCUUCUCCUUCGUCGGCAUCGUCGCCUCCGACUUCUUCUGUCCCAACCUAUCCACCAUCUCCCAGCGACUGGGUCUCUCCGAAAACCUCGCUGGAGUCACUCUCCUAGGAUUCGGUAAUGGCGCACCCGACGUCUUCUCGACCUAUGCCGCCUUCAAGGCCAACACGGGCGCCCUGGCGAUCGGCGAGCUGAUCGGCGCCGCGGCCUUCAUCCUCUCCGUGGUCGUGGGCUCGAUGUCGAUCAUCAGUCCCUUCAAGAUACCCCGCCACGCCUUCCUCCGCGACAUCGCCUUCUUCAUCCUCGCCAUCCUCUUCAUCAUCCCCAUCAUCCACGACGGAAACAUCCAUCGCUGGCAGGCCAACACCCUCAUCCUCCUCUACCUCGUCUACGUCGCCGCCGUCCUUCUCUCCUCCUGGUCCGUCCAACGCACCCGGAUCAAACUCGACCAGCUCCAGAUCGCCCGCAGCCAAUACGCCACCCAAGACGACGACGACCAAGUCUAUCUCGAUCACCCCGACUUCCCCAUUCAGCCCCCGCCCGAAAACGCCCCACUGAUCCCCGAACUCAUCAGCCCAACACGGCCCACCCCACCGCACCGACUAAAGACCUCAACGAGCACCCACUCGCAAGACUCGUUCAAAAGCCUGCUGGAGACGAGCUGCUAUCCGCUCCCGGUGCGGCAGCGCCGGAUGCGAGCGCCGUCGCUGUCCUACCGGCCCGGCCCGGCCAUGCUCCCAUCCAACACCUCCAGCCCCAACCAAUCUUUCGCUGCCCUGCCCCCUUCGCAUCCCAGUGUCCCGUCGCAGGACGGCAGCAGCAACGGCUUGCUGGGCUCGCCCGAGCUCAACCGACGCAGAGCGCGACGGAGCACGGUCGUCAUGACGCCCUUCCGCCCAAGUCUGUUGGGCGCGAUCGAGUUCCGGGACGUGGUCAACUCGCUGGCCCGCGACUCGUCUGGGAUCCGGCCCGGGAGCCCCCAGCCCGGCCUCGCCUCGCCCAUCCAAGGUCUCCAAGGCCGCCGCUCCCGCUCGGCUAGCAUCGUCGUCGGCACCCGCGCCCCCUCCCACAACGCCCCGGGUCGCAGAAUGCCCGCCCCGACCCGCGCCGACUCCGAUCGGCCCCGCAGGAAGACCGAGUUCAUGAUCCCCGAGGAGCCCGCUCAUCCCGUCGGAGGGCUAGGGCUCGGGACACGCCCCGUCGGCGCACACCAUCGCCUCACCCAGAGCCAAGGCGCCAUCGUCCCCCCCACAUCCCGGCUGUGGCACUUCCCCGACACCGAGUCCAGCCCGAGAGAGACCGUCAUCGACCUCUCGUCUUCCACCCGCCACCCCUCUUUCCACCUCCCCUCACCCUCCCACAAGGCCCCCGCCCAAACGCCCGUCUCGCCUACGCACAAAACGGCCGCCCCGUUGCCCUCGAUCCUGAUCACUUCAGACCGCCACGAGAUCCUGGCUCUCCCGGACUCGCCGGACCGUGCAGAGGAUCCCGCGCGGGUCGAAGCCGACGAGGACGACGAAGAGGGGGAAGAAGAGCCGCCCAGGAACGGGUGGACGUCGGUCGCUUACACCGUCUGGAUCACCCUGUUCCCCACGCUCCAACACUGGAAGAUCAAGAGUCUGCUCGGCAAAGCUAUCGCGCUCGUGUCUGCCCCCGCUGUCCUUCUGCUCACCAUUACGUUGCCCGUCGUUGACGAGACUGAGGACGACGGCGAUGGACAGGCUGUUGGGGACAACGAGGACGAGGAGGACGAGGAGGAGGAUGAGACCGGGAUGCAGGGGUGCGCACUCGGGAUGGACAUCGAGGCCGGCCGGGGCGAGGACAGCACGUGUCGCGGAUGGUCCUCGAAGCACCGCCUCUCCUCCUCCCCGGCGUCGGACGCAUCAGCCCGUCCUACAUCGCCCGAACGGGCCUCGUAUGCAAUGGUCGAUGUCCGUCCGGGUCUGCCAGACCAGCCCUCCGCCACCGCCGCCGAGGAGGAGGGCGGGGGUGGGGCCAGCGCGGAGAUGGAUCAUGCGGACGCCGCGUGGGACGACGGGGACGCCGGGCAGCCCGCGUUCGAUCGGCCGCAUAUCGCCAGACUCCUUGCUGCGGUCCAGUCCUUCCUGGCCCCGUUGUUCUGGAAGCUGUGUCUGGAAGACCCGCAGCCGUCGGCCGUCGCCGCUCCUCUGUCCGCUCUCACGGGGCCCAUCGGGCACCGCAGUGUGCUGACGACGCUGGGCUGUGUGGUGCUCGGGCUGGGCCUGUCCCGGCUGGUCUUCGGCCUCCUCGAGCCCUCCCGGCCCGGCUCCCGCCUCUCCCAGACCACCAAGAUCGCGCUCUGUGUGCUCGGGUUCGCCAACUCGAUGCUCUGGAUCCUGUCGAUCGUCAACGAGGUCGUCGCCGUCCUCGCCGUCCUCGCCCACGUCUUCCAUGUCCAGGACGCCGUGCUCGGACUCACCGUGUUCGCCGUCGGAAACUCGCUGGGCGACUUCGUCGCUAACCUCACCCUGGCGAGGAUGGGCUUCCCGGUGAUGGCCAUGUCGGCCUGUUUCGGCGGUCCGCUGCUGAACAUCCUGCUAGGCAUCGGCCUCUCGUCGACGAUAGUGAUGACGACGCGGGGCACGAGCGUGUUAGAAGUGGGCGGGGGGUCGUCGUCGACGCUGCUGGUGGCCGCCGGCGCCCUGCUCUGUCUGCUGCUGGCCCUUGCCGCGCUCGUCCCGCUCUGGAAAGGCUUCUGCUUCGACCGCUCUCUCGGCACUGCGCUCGUUGUCGGAUAUCUCGCCGCCGCUGCCGUGGUCGUCGUCGGCGGCGUCUGGCUGUAG